GUUCUCUAGGAAAAAUGCCAACUCUUCAACUUUGGCAGCACAGAAGGUUAAACUCCACCUCAUUCUCCACAAUGUUCAUUCUACAAGGAACUUUGACCCCUCUUUCCAAGCUCCUGAAAUACAUAAGGUUUGUGACUAGUCACCUUGCAAAUCGUUCUCAGGAUCCAGUCUGCAGACUGCCAGCCUACAACUUGGGCCCAUGGUUGAGUGAAAGAGCAUUUCUGGAAAGUGUAUUUUGUCAGCAAGAGGGAGAGAAUUUAAGCACCCCACCAUGCGAGUUGCUGUGAUUGGAGCCGGCAUCAUUGGAUUGUCCACAGCCCUCUGCAUCCAUGACCGAUACCACUCCAUAGAUCAGCCCCUUGAAAUAGAGAUCUACGCCGACCAGUUUACGCCUCACACCACCAGCGAUGGGGCGGCGGGUCUUUGGCAGCCAUAUCUCUACGACAAGGGAAACACUCAAGAAACGCUCUGGAAUAAAGAGACAUUUGAUUAUCUUCUUCAACACAUUAAUUCACCAGAAGCUGAGGAGAUGGGGCUGUUUCUGCUCUCUGGAUACAAUCUCUUUACACAGCCAGUUCCGGACCCAUCAUGGAAGAAUAUCGUUUUGGGAUUUAGGACCUUGUCACAGAAAGAGCUUGAGCUCUUCCCUGGCUACAGCUAUGGCUGGUUCAACACAGCUCUGAUGCUAGAGGGCAAACGAUAUCUACCCUGGCUUACAAAGAGGUUAAAGCUGAAGAGCAUCAAGUUCUUUCAUCGGAAAAUUGAGUCCUUCCAGGAGUUGAUGGCUGAAGGCGUGGACAUCAUAAUCAACUGCACAGGAGUUCGUGCUGGGGAGCUACAACCUGACCCUGAGUUAUGCCCGGGCCGGGGGCAAGUCAUCAAGGUCGAGGCCCCCUGGGUGAAGCAUUUCAUCAUCACCCAUGAUGUUGAGACUGGGAUCUAUAACACACCCUACAUCAUACCUGGGAGCAAUGCAGUGACCUUGGGAGGAAUAUUUCAGCUGGGAAACUGGAGUCAAGAAAACAGCCCCCAGGACCACCAGCGCAUUUGGAAAGGGUGCUGUGAGUUGCUGCCUAGCCUCCAGAAAGCCAAAAUCAUCCAUGAAUGGAGCGGUCAUCGUGCCGUACGUCCAAGAGUCCGAUUGGAACACCAGGCUGUUCGCCAUGGGAUGUUACAAUCAGAGGUGAUCCACAACUAUGGCCAUGGCGGUUUUGGGCUCACCAUCCACUGGGGUUGUGCCAUGGAGGUAGCCCAUUUGUUUGGGAAGAUUCUAGAAGACCAGAGGUUGGCCAAGCCACCUCAUGCCAACCUCUGAGCACGUGGCAACAGUUCAGGCCACUUCACUGACCUUUACUUACAGGGUGGGUCUGACUUUGUAGGAUUAAGGAGCCUAGUGUUUAACUGUUUUCAUAGAUUGUUUUGCUUUGUUUUUCUUGUAUUGCUUUGUUCUUCUUGUAAACUUCUUGGAGUCCCCCACCCCCUUACAAUCAAUUGGUAUAUAAAUUAUAUGAAAUAAAGAAAUAAUACUAUUAAAGA